AUGGUUCGUAUUAGUAACGUUGACAUCCCUAAUAAUAAAAAUGUCUCUUUCGCUCUUACUCAUGUCUAUGGCAUUGGUCACACUCGAGCCCAAGGAAUAGUUACCAAACUUAAUAUUGUUAGUCAAAAAAAGGCUGGUGAUUUGACUGACAUUGAAAUUAAGGCUAUCAAUGAAGAAAUUAAACAUUUUCCAGUCGAAGGAGAAUUAAAACGAAUAGAGCAAGAAAUAAUUAAUGAGGACGCUCGUCUUGGCACUUAUCGUGGUCUACGCCGCUUUAAAUUGCCAGUUAACGGGCAACGAACUCGGCAUAAUGCUCGUACUUGUAAGGGACCAGUUCGCAAAACGGUAGCUAACAAAAAGAAAGCACCCAAACCUAAAUAA